UUUAUUUCAUUUUGAUUCUAUUUUGUAAGGAACAUAAUAAAAAAGAGCUAAUAAGAAAGAUAGAAGAAAGAAGAAGGGAAUUUAAACACCCCCCUGGUUUGAAUAGUGGUCUCACGCUACCAAACCGCAAAAUGCGGCAAAAUGUUGAUAUCUGCAUCAUCGCUCAAUGAAUUCACAAAAUAAGUAUAAAGAAUGGUGGACCACAAUGCUGUCAAUGUGCACGUGGGCAGCUCAAAGUCGAGGCAGCCCUUCCGUGUCCACACUCCACUGGAAGCACCAGACUUCAGCGGCUACAUAGAGACCGUCUACAGGUGCAAGGUGUGCCAGUUUCUUGGCGACACCACCGAGGCGGUGACAGAACACCUGAAGUCUACACACUUCUCCCAACUGCAAGGCCUGGACCAUUCCUAUGCUGGGGGGUGGCAGCCAAAGACGCCAGAGAAAAGAUGCCAGACAGGAAAGGAUUCUGAUGAUGAUUCUGAGCCAUCUGAUGAUCCUUGUGAUGAGGACUAUAUUCCACAGGAUGUUGCAGCUAGUGAUGAUGAUGAUUCAUCCUCUGAAGUCCAGGAAAGUGCCGAUGACGUCUCUUUAGAAAUACAGAAGAAAAAGAAAAACUACAGGUGCAGCACGGCCGGGUGCAGGUUGCGGUUUCCCACCCAGGAGCAGAAGGACCUACAUGAGCAGUGCCACGAGCAGGAGGGAGGGGCAUCAGAGGCGUCUUUCAGGUGCCCCACCUGCCAGGUGGAGAAAAGCACCUGGGAAGACAUGAUGAUACACCAGGGCUCCCACACCCGUUUGUUCCAACUGUUCUGCGUGGUCUGCAAAUGUGGCUUCUCUAGGACUGAGGACCUGGACUCACACCUGGCUGCUGAGCAUGGCAUCAAUAAACCUGAUUGGCCUCUGCACUACAAGCAGGUAUAUGUAUGGAAAUGUCAUCUUCUGCAACAGAAAUUUGGCUGCCCCAGAAAGGACUGCAAGUCUUACCUCUUCAGCCAGGAGGAACUGGACAUCCAUAAGAAAUGCCAUGUCGAUAAAAAGCCUCACUUCCUGUGCUACAUUUGUGAGCAAGUGGCUACCAUCUGGCCCUCUAUGAAGGCACACUUCCUUCAGUGUCACAAGGAAUUGUUAAAGGUCAAAGGAGCUGAAAAGGAGAACAGUGGAACGGAUGACGAACCCGUCGCCAAACCUUUGUCCGUUUCCAAGGAAGAAAGAGAGGUAACCAAUGGAAACCAAGAAAACGGACAGAGCAGGAGUCGCCGAGUCGCCAGACAGCAGCUAUCUUGGUUCACCUGCGUAUGGGAAGGCUGUAAGGUCAAGUACAGGACGGAGGAGCAACUGAAGCUUCACAAACGCUGCCACAUUGCUGAAGGGGACAGCACGGUUUUCCAGUGUCCCUUCUGCCAGACAGGACCAACAGAUUGGGAAGCGAUGCAGGACCACAUGGCCAAACAUACGGACCUCCUGUACAUAACGUGCGAGGGAUGUAACCGGAGGUUCCCUUCGAUGGGACAGCUGGACGAUCACUUCAACAAGCAGCACAUGACAAUAAAGUCCACCAUGACCUUGGCACAGAAACAGAAGAUAGCGCGACGAGACGUCCAGAGAAGAAAGAGGAAGUACAAAUGUGAGAGCCAGUUCUGUAAGAAGGUCUGCUUCUUCAAAGAGGAGGAGCUCCAUAUCCACGAGCAGUGUCACAUAGAGAACUCUCCAGACUUCAGGUGCUACGUCCCAGACUGUACACAGGCUCAGGAGAUAUUCAACAACUGGUAUAAGCUAAAGAGUCACCUAAAAUCUGCACAUAAGGUUCACAUCGCAGCCAGAGAUAGGCCUAAUAAAAACAAGAAAGCACAGAAUUCGAAGUGUGAAAACAGGCCCGCCAUGUGUGAUGUUUGUGGGAAAGUUGUCCAUGGAAGACGUAAUCUGAGGAGACACAUGUGGAUACACAAGGAGCCCCUGAGGUGCCCUCAGUGCCCCAAGUUUUCAACAACACGUCCGAACACCUUCAGAGCACACAUGGAGAGGCACAGGGGGGAGGGCAAGUACCCCUGCAAGCAGUGCGGAUGGUUCGCUCCCGUACUGGCCGAACUAAAGACGCACAUGCUGUGCGUACACUCUGAAGCCAAGCCCUUCAUGUGUGACCUCUGUGGAAAGUUUUUCAAGUUGAUAGGAAAUCUGAAGAACCAUGUCCGGACGAUUCACUCGGAUGCCCGGCCCUUUGCCUGUGAUAAGUGUAACUACACCUCCAAGACCAAGGAAGGCCUGUGUAGACACAACAACAAUGUGCACUCGGACAGGAAGCUGACAUGUCCUCACUGUGGCUUCUAUACUUUCCAAAAAUCUACUCUAGAGAAACAUAUGGACUUGCACAGCGAUGACCGCCAACACAAGUGUCCCCACUGUACCUAUGGCUUCAAGGAGAGCAAUGCCCUCAAGAGACAUAUAGAGGAAGUGCACGCAGAGAAGCCCCUUCACCACUGCAGCAUGUGUAGCUACAGCUGUAACAACCGUAUCCGACUGGAGGAGCAUGAAAUGGCUCAUCUGGACACGGCAAGGUACAACUGUGACAUCUGUGGCUUCAAGACCAAGUGGAGGGCAUCCUUAUUCCGACAUUAUAAGGUGGUACACAACAUUCAGAAACCUAUGGUGAAGCUGGCCAAGAUGACCCCAGCCUCGCAUUCAGACAUCAUCCCAUCCUCGGGGCCUGUACAGAUAGGAGCGACUUCUGAAGCGACCGUCACCGUCCCUGUGACGUCCACUGGAGAGGUGGAUGGCGCAACGGCAAUCCUGAUGGGACUUGCUUAUGGAGCUGGGAGCGCCAAUAACAUGGAGGAAUAUGUGAAGACUGUUGGCUGGAGUUAAUGAUCCUUCUGAUUAUUUGUAUAGUUAUUUCUAUAGAAAGUUGUUCACAUGUCAGUUGUUCACAUCACAUCAUCAUUCAGUGAAUGGUGGUUAAUUAAGGAAUGUAUUAGUUUAUGUUAACUAUUACACAAAACCAGUUCAAGUGUUUGUUAUUCUUAAGUCAAGACAUUUACAGGUCUCUUAGAAUAGAUUUUGUUUCUUAUUGUUGGGUAGCAUAAGAAAUAUGGAAGAAUCUGAAUAUUGCAAAAUGAUUUUCUUCUCAGAGGUUAUCAGUUUGUAAGUGGUAUAUUUCGUAGAAUACAAUAGUUUAUUCAUUGCACUUUCUCACACAUACUGAUGUGAGCAUGCUCAGCAGAAACUGACUGAUGUACAAGUCAGACCUGUUAUGGCAAUUGAGGAAAACCAAUGUUGUUUAUUAGAACAUUUGCAUUAAAAAGAAAAAGUGUUUA